ACAAUACAAUUCAUGAACAAUGAUAUAUUAGGUAACCAUUACAGAAAUAUCAUUGUCAUGAAUAUGGAGAAAUCAACCUAUGACCUAAGCAAAACACCAAACGUUGGACUGGUAGGGAAUAUCAUUGCUAACAACACUUAUUCAUCCGGCAACAGCGAACGUCAGUCAUCAAAGCCCCCAGUGACAGCUGCUCUCGUUUUAGAUGGUUAUGGAAAUGUCUGCAUUCAAAACAACACGCUUCAAAACCCGGGCCUAGAGGCAGAGGUGUAUGUCAGGACUCGCUCUACAAAAUGGACAGACAUAAUUGAAGCCAGAUACAACACGUGGGGAUGUGAAAAUACCCGUUGCGUGAGAAAAGGUAUAUAUGACGCACACAACGACAUGUAUCUACCGGAAGUGCGAGUACUGCCAUUUGUGUCAAGAUCGAACGAGUUGGUGUACACUCCUGACGUCACAGAGGGACUUCCACAAGGAAACGUCCUUGGCGGGUGGCUGAACAAGUCCAUCACAUUAGAAGCAGCAGGUUCUCCAUUCUAUCUAAAAGAAGAUUGGACUAUUUUACCCGGUGUUGAGGUUUUCAUUGAACCUGGUGUUUGGAUUAAGCCAGCAACGGACAAAGGGAUCCUCGUUCUGGGACGGAUAGUUGCCAGGGGAGAAAAGAGAAAAAAGGUUGUCUUUGGCUGUCAAUACCAAACAGCUCAUUGUUCUUUUUGGCAAGGAUUGGUGUUUGCUUCUGAUGACGUCAGAACUAGUCCUUCGGAAUUGCUCUUUGUAGACGUUUUUAAUGCAGGUUACAAAGGAAACACGUACGGCGCAGCUGUGCAGUCUUUCAGCCCCAGGAUAAUCAUACAGAACUCACGAGUGGUCCAGUCAAGGUUGAACGGUAUUGAACUAAUUGGACCAGCAGUGAAAUCUAUCAUCAUUAAACGAAAUGAGUUCCUUAACAACAGAGGGGUUGGGAUAAAUGCUGUUAUGGCUUACGCAAGAAGUAUACCACUGAAAUCUAAGGCAAAACAAGAAUAUGUGGGAUGGCCAAGUGACGUUUAUGGGGUCGAUAAUAUUUGCGAAAGAAAUUCCAAAAUGCUCAUUGUUAAAGACAGAGCUUUGGUUUAUUAUUCUCAUGGAAAACAACAUGCAGGAAAUUAUUUUAAUUGCACGCGUGCAAUACGUUCUGAACUUGGACAAAAUAUCACAAUCCAAAUUUUACAGUUUAAUCUGCAAUAUUUUCAACUGGAAAUAUUCCAAGGAUCGUCUCCUCUUCACUCAAGGCGACUUCUUUAUGCUGACCAGACAAACGAUUCACUUCCUUCAGAUGUCCCAAUAAACAGUUCCAGUGUAACCAUCCGGUUAUAUAGCAGUGCCAGUAACUGGGACACGUAUGGUUUGCAGAGCAUGGUCUUCAGUAUCAAGAUAUCCAGCGACACAUCUGCAGGGUCUAUCGGCAACUUUGUCAUCGAAGAAAACACUUUCUUUAACAAUUGUCUAGGAGGAGUUAACAUAACUACAUUUGGACAGAGUAAUUGGGAUAUUAACAUCAAUAAAAACAUAUUUCACAGAAAUGGAUUUUUGACUUCCAACCGAGCUGAACAUUCCAAAGCAGCUAUUCGGCUUAAUAUCGCUGACACCAGUGCUACAUUGGCAAACAAUUACAUGGAAGGGAACCAUGGUGGCAUCCACGCCAGAACUCACAGCGUAUUCCAAAACAAUAAAUUGAACAUCUGGAGCAACCAGAUUAUCCUUACAACCAAGCAAGAGAGCAUUCAGGUGGUAGAAGUAGAAGAAGGUCUUCACACACAGCAAUGCAGUAUAGAUGGGAAUGUGAUAAAGCACGGACAGGGAGAUAGGUACGGUGAUGUCCUCCACCUGGACGGUGUGGUUGGAACCGUCACAAACAACUACAUCUACAACAACACGGGUCUUCAUGUGAUGUGGUGGACAACACCAGCCAAUAGGAACACGAGUGACGUCACCACUGACAACAUCAUAUACUACAACAUUGCAAGAGAUGCAAACAAUAUGGCGGCUAUAGUUGCUGGUGGCUCAUCAUCGAUUCUCCACGACAAUGUCUUCCAAAACCCUACAUUUACAUUCGAGAUGACAAGUGAAGGGUCCUCUUCAACUGUGAAUGCGUCUUCCAACUGGUGGGGUCUGACAGAGCAUGCGCAGAUCAAGCAGAGGCUACGAGAUAGGGGUACGGGGUUCCCCUACCCCGAGGUCUCUAUACACCCAAUCAUUGAUUCCAUGUCUUCUUAUCAAACAGGAUAA